GUCUCACCCACUGCUGCCCUGACCGCGGAGGGGACGGGCGGAAGAUGGUUGACUUUUUAGCCCGGCACGCCGAGCCCUCGGCGGCGUCGCCAGCGUCUAAAGGGCCGCUGAGAAGCGACCAAACACCCGCCGUCUGGCGCCUGUGAAGAGCUUCUUCCCACCUCACCGCAAAUAUUGACAGAAGUAUCAACGAGAAAACAUGGCAGAAACGGAGAAAGAAGGCAGACCUCCGGAACAUAAAAGAAGCCGAAAACCAGCACACCCGGUGAAGAGGGAGAUAAACGAGGAAAUGAAGAGUUUUGCAGAGAACACCAUGAAUGAGCUGCUGGGUUGGUAUGGCUAUGACAAAGUGGAGCUGAGAGAUUCCGACAACCUGGAGUUAGGCGAGACGCGGCAGCGCAUCUCUGUCCUUACAGAAAACUUGUUGCCAAAAAUUGCAGCUUCAAGAGAAAGCAGUGAAGCCUCUCCGGAUCGAGCCAACAGCUCCCACUAUUUACCAAACUCCAGGAAUGGAGUCACCGAGCACUCCAGCCUGCCAUUCACCUCCAUGACCAGCACCAAGGAACAUGGCAACCAGUUCAUCACUGUCCCUCCGCCACUGAUCAAGCCCCCUGCAGACGAAGAUGCAAACAAUGUUCAGAUCUUAUGCGCCUGGUGCCAGAAGGUCGGUGUCAAACGCUAUUCUCUGAGCAUGGGCAGUGAGAUGAAGAGUUUCUGCAGCGAGAAGUGCUUUGCUGCCUGCCGCAGAGCAUAUUUCAAGAGGAACAAGGCGAGAGACGACGAUGGCCUCGGUGGGAAAUUACUCCAGCACAGCUUUACUCAGGACACGCCCAGGCUUGUCUUCAAGACAAACAGCGAUGUGCUUGUGUGUGACUGGUGCAAGCAUAUCCGCCACACAAAGGAGUACCUGGACUUUGGGGCAGGUGAACGACGGCUGCAGUUCUGCAGUGCCAAAUGCUUGAACCAAUAUAAGAUGGACAUAUUUUAUAAGGAGACCCAAGCAGCACUGCCAGUAUCUCUCUGUAACCCAGGACAUGGGCCUGAAUUGGAGGGUAAGGCAGAGUGCAGUGGAGGUGUACAGCUACUUACUCCUGAAUCCUGGGGAACGCCUUAUAACGACCUUCGGCGGACAGCUCCAUCACCGGGAGGACCCAUCAACUCUUCAGUUCCUUGCACUUCAUCUAACAUGUCCUCGGAUGUCGUUUGCUCACCGUCCUCCUCCUCCUCAGCCAAGAUCUCCACACCCCGACCCCAUGAGAGCCCAACGCUCCCCCAGCCGCCCAUACCUACUUUGCAUCCAGCUGUUGGGGUCCCCUCUGGAAGCCCCCCGAUGGUGAUGACCCCUCGGGGGCCAAUGCCUUUGCCUCUGUUUAUGGAACAUCAGAUGAUGCAGCAGAUCCGACCACCAUAUCUACGUCCAUCGGUCCACCCAGGCGGACCCAACAGUCCCCUGUCAAACCCCAUGAUCCCUGGUAUAGGUCCCCCACCUCCACCCCGGACUCUUGGUGCUGCAUCUAGCUCCAUGCAUAGACCCAUGAUGUCCCCGCAUUUGUACCCUUCAUCCAAUCCUAAUCCUGGCAUGAUGCCACCUUAUCCUGGUUUUCAAAUGCCAGGGCUUCCCCCUUUUCCACCUAUCAAUAUGAUGCCCAAUGGACCCAUCCCCCUGCCACCGAUGAUGAAUUAUGGCCUUCCAUCCCUCGCCCCAUUAGUACCGCCACCAACCCUAUUAGUCCCUUACCCUGUCAUUGUACCCCUUCCAGUCCCAAUUCCCAUUCCAAUUCCAAUCCCCUUCAAUCCCAAAUCAUCCCAGGACCAGCAAGACAACAGCGCUCCUGUCUUUUCAGAUGUUUCAGCAUCUAGGUCUCCAAAUCCCCCUGUAGGAGAGAGAGACACACAGAGGCAAGAUGCUAGCAAUGGAGAAUGCCUCUCUCCUGAAAGCUCAGAGAGAAACAGGUUAGCGGUGAUGAACAUGACUGUGAAGGUGGAGGACAAUAUGAGGAACGUGAGUCCAACCAAUGACAUUAAACUACUGGAAGGGGUUAUUGAUUUAACUGUGAGCCAGAAAUCAUGCCAACAGCACGUCUUUCAGCGGAUGGCGCCUCAGGCUCAGAGCAAAAUAGAAGCAGUGGUUGAGUCAAGACCUUCACCACCUGUUGGGCUAGAAAAGGAAGUUAACGGCUGUCACAAUCUAUGGGAAGGGCCGGCAUUACAGAGACCCCUCAGUAAUACUGAGAUGUUUGGGACCACUCGCUCAGACACUCUGGGAACAUCUAAUUCAACUUCCAGUGACAAAAGCUUUUCUUUGGAUGUGAAUGGUCUUCAAAAUGACAUUACUACACAACUUGCUUCCAGCACACCAAGGAUUCAACUCCAAACAAGCCCUGCAUCCCCGUGUAAUGUUAUUGUCAAUGGCACAGAUUGGCAUUCACUUCAUACUUUUCACUCUGAGAGAACACGAGAUGGGGUUGCAGCGGAAGAAAAGGCAGUGGAGCACCCAGCAAAUGGUGAUCUGGAGCGAGAAGCCCUAAAAGAGAACAACUGUUGUGUGGGAGAAUGGGAAUCUGUGAAGCGGUGCUCAACGCAUGGCCAGAUGUUUGAGGCAGAGAGUAAAUCAGACCUUGACUCCAAUGUGGAGGAUGGGGAACAUGCCUACACCGUGCCUCUACUAUCUACAGGAGGUUGCGUGGUUAUCCAGCCUGUGCCAAAGCCCGGCACUGAGAAAACAGCCAUUCUGUCCUGUUCCAUUAGUACACCAUUAUCAGCAACCGGCAGCCCAGAGCUGGGGCCUUCACCGAAGAGGCGAUGUCUGCGAAUCCGCAAUCAAAACAAAUGAGAUGGAUGCUCCAAGGACUGCUGUGCCAUCCACACCACAACCCACACUGCGUACACGCACACAUCCUCGUCAUCAUCCAAUCUACCAGCAUCACAAAUCGCCUUUAACUUAUACAACAACACUCUUGGAUGGAAGGACUUAAUACAGUGAUCACUGCUCGCUGGCCCCAUGUACAGUAACGUAUCCCAUCUGAAGCAGAUGCUCUCUCCAUUGUCUCUUAUAUUGAAUGCACUAUAGUACAAAGUUUGGAGGUUUGUUCAAGGAUGAUUCUUAUAUAUUCUAAAACACUGCUUUGUGGUCCAACACUUCUCUGCAGCAGUGACAAAAAUAUAAAAUAUUGCCCACGCUUUUAGGUCCUUCUAAAAAAAAGUGCACUUGGAAACCUUAUAUGCAGUUUGAAUUCUGAUGUGUGGUAACCGCAAACAUGAAAAAACAAGCCUUCUAAAUAUUUGUAAUAUUUCCUAAAAUGCAGCAAAUCAUACACUGUGGAAUGGUGCAACCUUGGUCAGUGUAUGUUUCGGUCAUUGAAUUUUCAUUUCAAGAAUGGAAAUUGGAAACCAAAAACAAUUUGUUUAUCUGAGUUUCAUUUUGAAAUACAAAAAAUAAAAGUGGAAAAAUAAACCAUUUUGUGUCGAAAUGCAAUAACUAUUUAUAAAAAAAAACAAUUCGAUUUUUUUUUUUAUACAGCUGUACCUUAAUUUACGAGCUUAACUUGUUCUGUGACAGAGCUCUUAACUCAAAAUAUUUGUAUCUCAAAUCAAUGUCUCCCAUUAAAAGGAAUUAAAAUCAAUUAAAUUAGAGCAUGACCCCCCCCCCCAAAAAAAACCAAAAAAAAAACCAUCCAUCCAUUUUCUACCGCUUGUCCCGUUCGGGGUCGCGGGGGUUGCUGGAGCCUAUCUCAGCUGCAUACGGGCGGAAGGCGGGGUACACCCUGGACAAGUCGCCACCUCAUCACAGGGCCAACACAGAUAGACAGACAACAUUCACACUCACAUUCACACACUAGGGACCAUUUAGUGUUGCCAAUCAACCUAUCCCCAGGUGCAUGUCUUUGGAAAAACCCAUCACGAUUCCAAAAUGUAGCAUGGAUUUUAAAAAUAAAAACAAACUUUUAGAUUAGAAAUAUUUUAUAAAAAUAAUACAAUUGAAUGUACUACAAACAACUAUGGCAGUUUUAUGAAAUAAUGUAAUAAUAAUAAUGGACAUAAUUUACCUUGGAGAGUGGACUCCUACAGUAUCUCCUACCAGCUGCUUUGUUGUCAAACCCACCAUCAGCAGCUUUUCCAUAUUUGUAUGGAUAAAUGAUUGCUGUUUAGAUGUUAUUUUAAUGUUCUUGUCUAGCAUUAGAUUCAUUCUCAUUCUAACUCAUUCAUGUUUUUGAUUAUUUCUUCUUUAAUGAAAUAAAAAGCUACAUGCAAAUGCUAGCGAGUAAGAUAAGAUGUUCUGGAUGGAUCUUAUAAGGCUUACUGUGACAUUUGCUACGCCAACUAAUUGUUGGGAUGCUUGGAACUCAAAUUUUAGCUUUCAUCUCAUACUCUUAUACUCACGAGAAUUAUCAGAGAGACUCUUAUCUCUUAUCAUAAAACACUCUUAAGUUGAGGUACCACUGUAUUUUAUACAAUAAAAUAAAACCACCAACAAAAAAACCCGACCAAAAACAGAUGUUUUCUAUAUUCUGACACCAGAACCGGAAGUUGCUAUUCAAAGACAAGACUGCAGACUGGCCUGUUGGAAAAAAGAGGGUGGUGUUGUAGCCUGCGUUUGUACUUUAUAUAAAACUAGUGCCGUCAAAGGAUGAUUUUGUUUUACCAGAAUAAUUACACUUUUGAAUUUGGAUUAAUAAUGAUUACGGUAAUCACAGGUUAUUACUUGCUUGCAUAAUUCAAUUUAACUUGAAAAAAUUACCCCAGUAUUUUCACACAAAUUCAAUUUUAUUGUCAAAAUGUCAUACAGGAACAUUUUUUAAAAAUGCUUUACUUGAAUGCACAUCGUUGUUUUGCUCAAACAUUGCUAAAAGUGUUAUGUUAAGUCCAGUCAGGGUUUAUUUUUAAGUGAAAUUUACAACCGAGCACACCCGUUGGAGUCCCCUCGCUCAUCUUUGCACUGACAUAUGCGUUGACCUGAUCAAUAAAAAACCUUGGUGCCUUUCAAGUAACCAUCCACGGUUAUAUGAAGCCAAAACACUGCUAGUAAAAUUUGGUAACAAAAAAAAAAAAUGACAUCGUAGAAAAAGUUGUAUUGACACCAAAACAAGUUUCGGCAACAAAUAAAUACAAACAUUAAAAAAGACAGUAUCAUGGUGGAUAUAUUUUUUGUUUCAUGACAUGUUUUCGAUGCCAAUAUUCAUAUGUUUGUGCACUUUUACGGUUUCAAAUUAAUGGCAGCAGGUGCCACAGUUUUACUAGACUUGGGCAUGCAGGUAAAAGACUGUAAAGGAAGACGGGAGGACUCAGGGCAUCAAAAUAUACUUUUUUAAAAGCUUCAUAAUAUGAAACUAUGAGGUUAAUUUUUUUUUAUUUAUUUUUUUUAAUAGGCUUAUGUGUGUUGCUGUCAUCAGAUUU